AGCAAAGGAACAAAGAAACCAGAGCGCCUAGGAAUUGCUAACUCAGAGAGUCUCUCUCUCUUUUACUCUCUCUCUCUCUGUGCCUUCGAUCGCUCUCUGCCUUUUUUCUCUCUUACUUCCGAGUCAACUCGGAGGAAGAAAGACAAUGAGUCAGGAAGCGUUCAUAUACAGUUUUGUGGCCCGAGGCACCAUGAUCUUGGCCGAGUACACUGAGUUCACUGGGAACUUCCCGGCGAUUGCGGCUCAGUGCCUGCAGAAACUCCCUUCCUCCAACAACAAGUUUACCUACAGCUGCGACCACCACACCUUCAAUUUCCUCCUCGAGGAUGGCUAUGCUUAUUGCGUUGUUGCCAAAGAAACUGUAAGCAAACAGAUUUCAAUUGCAUUUUUGGAACGAAUGAAAGCAGACUUUAAAAAGAGAUAUGGUGGUGGUAAAGCAAGUACAGCCAUUGCCAAAAGUCUUAACAAGGAGUUUGGACCAAUAAUGAAAGAGCACAUGAAGUAUAUAAUUGAUCAUGCCGAAGAGAUUGAGAAGCUAUUGAAAGUAAAGGCUCAGGUCUCAGAAGUUAAAAGCAUAAUGUUAGAGAAUAUUGACAAGGCUAUUGAAAGAGGGGAAAACCUAACAAUUCUCGUUGACAAGACUGAAAACCUGCGUUCUCAGGCCCAAGAUUACAAAAACAAAGGGACCCAAAUGAGAAGAAAGAUGUGGUUACAAAACAUGAAAAUAAAGCUGGUUGUUCUUGGACUCAUCAUACUGAUAAUCCUUAUAAUCUGGCUCUCCGUUUGUCAUGGAUUUGACUGCACAAACUAGCAUGAUUAACUUUUUAGAUCACAGAGGUGGGUUCAAAUUAUGUAAGACCUGAGCUCCAUGUAAAAAUCUUGUGCUGAUAUGGGUGUUUUUUUUGUUUUUUUGAAGGGGGGGAAUGGGGCUAGGGUGGGGAAGAGAGAGAGAGAGAGAGAGAGAGAGAGAGAGAUUUAAAAUAAUACGGUAAAAGAAAUGUUUCUUCUAUUAUAUUUUAAAUAUAGCAGAAAUUUGUUCGAGAAGAGGUGUCGACAUUGCAUUGCUGAUAAUCUCAAUUGUCAAAUUUUUUUUAAAAGUACAGUUAUAUAUAUGACUGGAAGCUAUAAAAACCAAAUGAUGUAUUCUUAUGCUGAAGAAGUCAGUAGGUUUUUGCUGAAAAUUCAAUCAAAGGAACUAUUAUUGUAAUAUUCUGAAAAUUCGGAAGAAGAGGGUAUUUCAUUUUAUUA